CUAAAUCUCCAUAAAUACAGCCGCUCGAAGCUAUACAGAGUAAACCAUACCGGCCAUCCAGUCCAGCUGCUUUUCUACUUAAUUAGCAACCCAAUCCCAACUGCUCGUCCCUGCAUCAUCGGCCCCGGACAAUAGCGUUCCAGUGCACCGGCUCUCCGCAGUUGAGAAACAUCAGCUGUACUCAACACUAUAUCUUGUGUCUGCACACGCUGACUCUGAUAAUUCUCUGUUCCCCCGAUAUCACAAGAAUCACUGUAGAUAACUCCCUUCUUGAAACUUUUGCUGGGUUUGCAAACAAGCACCACCAUGGACGACGAAUCAAGACAAGCUCUCGCGCAGAUGGACAUGCCCCGUCGACCUAUAAACUUCGUGCCAGCCAAGUCGGGAGAAAUACUCAAGUUGGGCCACAUCAUCUGUCGAGUGAUGGAAGAUGGCUCUCGGACAGACAACCGCAUCGGAAGCGCCGAAUUCACAAUCCCAGCCGGCACAGCUGGUCCGCCAGCCCACUGGCACGAAAUGCACGACGAAACCUUUCUCGUGACCCAGGGCACAGUCCGCUUCCACGCGCCCGACGGGCAGAUCGUGGAUGCGAAGACUGGAGACUACGUUACCGUUCCUAUUCGUGCUCCCCACACCUUCUCGAAUCCAUUCGAGGAAGAGGCGAAGUUCUUCAACACGUUCACGCCGGCGUUCUAUAUCGACUACUUCAAGAUUCUUGCGGAGGUUAGUCGGAAGGAUGAGAAGAUGAGCAAGGAGAAGAAUCUGGAGGUCAUGGCGAGGUUUGCGACGAUGCCGGCGAAACCUAUGUUGGAAGAACUUGCGAAAGGAAAAUGAGUAAAGUGGCAGCGGAGAGGGACAAGCGAAUCUGGGGACUGGUCGGAUACAAUCAUCGUGUGAACCUGUUGAAUGAGGCAAUUGCAUAUGCGCCCGGUGAUUGAGCGUGAUAAAAGUAGAUUUCUUCUAAAGUGGUGAGGAUAAUCGGAAGAACGCCCGUUUUCAUGCCCCAUAGGUAUCAUAGUACGCUAAAAUCCAUCUUCACAAUGCCAUUCGCGGGGCUAGCUUGCGAUUCUUUACCUCCAUGGUAACACGCAGGGUCCGCCUAUUCGCGCUUAGAGCCCGAAACUAAAGAUCCACCAGAUCAUUAUGCCUGAGACUAGGAAUAGUACAAUGACGACCGUUGCUGCAGCUACGAUGGCUUCUACAGUCAGUCGCACGUCGUCGAAUUCUUCAGGGUCGAUGCCUGCUUCCUCUUCCACGUCUAAUGAAUCCCCACGAAAGCUCGGGAUGUUCGCUAUUAAUG